UAAAGUAGAGAAAUAAAUAACAAUCAAGGAAGUGAGCCAUCGGAAGAGUUGUCAAUCCUGAGACGAGGGACCGCUGCAACACAGCCAUGAGGGGAAGAGGUCGUGGUCGAAACUGGCGUACAGCUUCUGUGCCUGAGCCUCCCGUGGACGCAUUCCCAGCCCCUGAACUGAACAGUCAACCUGCCGCCAAUCUCGACUUCUACCAGGAGAACAGCUCAGACAUGGCUGGCCAGGACAACCACAACACAGACAUGCAUGCACCUGAUAUGGACAUGAAAAUGGAGGGACAGGAGUCCCACGUGAUGGUGUCUGACAGUGAUGCCUCAAUGCAGGAGGGGGAACAGCAGGCAGAGACCCGCAAGCGCCCCUGGGAGAAGCCUGGAGGUAGGGAGGAUGGCAUCAAGGUCAAGAGAAAGAAGGUGCCAGGAGCCAAGAACCUCAAGAUCCGCAGGUACGUGCAGCCCAAGAAUGCUGUCAUGUGCCUGAAUGAGCUGCGGCCGGGCGUCACCUACACCACGGAGCAGGAGGGAGGCGUUGGCCAGCCAUUUUGCAUAUCUGUCGAGGUACCUGGUGCGAUUGACGGGCAGAAGUACCGAGGGUUUGGGUCUUCAAAGCAGCUGGCCAAGCAGGCGGCGGCUGAGGCGGCGCUGAUCAGCUUCGUGAAGCCGCCCGUCACCACAGCAGAGAACCAGGAGGAGGACAAGACCCCCUGGGCCACCCUGGCCUCCUUUGCCAUCUACAAACUGUUCAACGACUGGCGUGAGGGUCGUGUGGGCAUGUGUCCUCCCCCAUCCCAGCCCUAUGGGGCCGCCAUCCCCCCUGGUAUGAAAGCCUUCCUGAGCCAGCCCAUCGGCCCCGCUGCCACCACGGCUGUCAAGGAGGAGAGUCCCCAGGCAGCUGCCUUCACGGAGGCCAUCUGUGCCCACCUGGGAGGCCGUGCCCCCAACACCCCGGCUGUGGAUCCCAAGUUAACCGAGCCAAUGAAAGCAGAAUCAAACUUUCCAUUCCAGUCAACUGAACCUGUGAAAGUUCCCAAUCCGGCCAAGCAAGUCCCAGAAAGUGCAGCCUCCAUGCACCCCGUGAUGGUGCUGCACCAGAUGAAGCCUGGCCUGCAGUACAACAUUAACCAGACCACCAGGGAUAACAAGCCUUUCUUCACCGUCACCGCUGACAUCGAUGGCAAGGAGUUCUCAGGCGAGGGGACGAAUGUGAAGAAAGCCAAGUUCUUCCUGGCCAAAGCAGCAAUACUGGGACUGUACGGGGUAGAAUCCACCUUCGAGAUCUCGGCUUAAUGGAAGUACUAGCUGCCUGGGUACUGGCGGCGGUGUGCGGGGCAGGCGGUCCCUCGCACACGUGGCUGUAGAGUCUGCUAAGUGAUAAUGACAAAGUAGAUAGGUAGCUACAUAGUAUUUUAACCUGAAGUCCUCCCUGUGAGUGUUUUCUUGUAUGUUGCUGCUUGCUGAAGGCAGGGAAUGUAGUGAACUGGAGGGGCAGGGCCUGAGUGGCUUACAAAACUCCUGUGGAAGGGAAGUGAUGAUCUGUGCUAAACGUUGCAGUCUGACGAGUGACGUGGAAUUCGAUUUGUUCCAUGUGUAAAUUCUUCCAAUCCACAGUGUUUACCUUUAUUUUGUUCCAGCUCUGUUAUUUAGUGCCAGAGUGAGAAGACUGACACUUAACAGAAUUCUUAUUUAUGAUUUUGACAUACUUUUUUUUCCUAUUUAUUUACUUAGCCCAUGAAGUGUGGGUGCUCCUUGUAAAUGGUCGGUGCUGAGCCUGCCAUGAAUGCAAAUCAAAUGCAGCUGAUUGUGAAAGACAGGCACAGGAGAAGGGGUCAGUCACUCGUUCCUGCUUGUGUCAGAUCACUCAUCUAAUGUUCUGCUGUGGAGUGGAGUGGGUGAGAGGGCUGUGGUGAUGGGACGGUGACAGACAAGUCCUACUUAUUGAAAACAAAGGUGUGCCAACUUUUGUGCUGUCUUUUAGUGCAGCUUGAAUCCUUUUAUAGUCAUCAUUACUCAACUCACUCAUCACAUCAACACUUUUUUGGCUUCCUGACAAAAAUGGCAUCCAGGUUCCAGAUGUUUUAGGUAUUUAACUCCAUUUCUAUUUAUUUGAAGGUACCCACUCUUUAUGGGUUAAAUGAAAGCUGUACUCUAGUUUAGCAGUCAGUCUCAGCACUUGGUUUAAUGUGAGCUGGUGUUGUGAUAGAGCAGGUAAGGAUGCCCUUGAACCUGGCCCUUGGUUAUGUUCUGGUGACUUCUGGCUGGGAUCUCAGUACCUUAAUUUCUCUUCUGGUUGAAACUUUCUCCUCAAACACAACUGGCUGGAGCUGAAUCCUGGGAUGGUCAGCUGUUUAAGUAUUACUACACAAAAUGUUAUGAGUUGAAUACAUAAUGAAAAUUUCUUUAAUGUAUGUGUAUGUAAAGGUUAUAAAAGCAAGUAUUUUUUUCUUUUUCAAUUUUUGUAUAUAAUUGAGGCUAAGAUGAAUUUGAAACAUUGAUUGCAAUUUAUCAAGCUGGUGUUGUUUUUGGUUUUGAAGGAAGUGUAAUUGUGCAAGAGGUAAUCAUCUGAUCAGAGUGGAAGUAAUGAAGCAGUUUACCACACCUGUGUUGUCAUUCCUGCUCCCUGUGUGUCCACCUUACCUCAUACACCCUGACGCUUGCCUCAACGCCUCCAUUUAUCACCAAUGCAGUUAUGUACAUUAUCACUUAUUGCUAUUUUCUCAUAUGAAUUCAGAAACACUGUCAGCUUAAAUACACUUAAAUAGUGUAUCUGUUAAUAUAACCUUUUGUAGGCAACUUGUCCUGUAACCACCUAUGACAUUUUAGGCUCAUUUUUGUACCAGCCUCUUUAACAGUUCUGUAGCUUAUGGAAAACUAAAUUAACUUCCUAUUCUCUCAUUUCCUCUAUGUCCAUACCAGCAGUUUUCAUAGUACUCUGAAUGUUGAAGGAUGAUGUUGAAGGGCUAAGCCAGUGAGUUCCAGACCCAGCAGAAUAUGACUGGUUCCAGAGCAUCCCUAAAAAAAAGGAAAAAAAAAAAACUACCUAAGCUACGGGUGUACACACAUACCCAGGGGCCCUGAGAAUACUCUAGAGAGUGUACUUAAGUGUAUGUCAUGUUUUAAAAAAUUUGUCACCUGUUUUGUAAAGACAGCAUAAGUGGAAUAUUGUUUGCAUGUAUAUCUUGUUUAUCUAGAGCAGAAGGAUUAAAGUUCAGUGCAGUAUUUCAAUGGGCACAAUUGUGAUGCAUUGUGCCAAGGGUGGUGUACUAGCUAGGAUGCACAGGAGGGGGGUGAGAAGAUGCCUGAUGCUGCAAGUGUUGGGUGGACCUGAUGGAAUGGAUAGCUUGGCUCUUAGUGAUUUACCUUCAUUAUGUUGUGCUUUCCUUUGUUGUGCUGUCGAGGUCAGAAGUCACGUCACGAGCUGCAUUUUCCUCUACCCAGCUGUGCGUCUUCUUAUUUCAAGUCCAAGAACUGCUGAGAAUCUGACAAAACCCGAGUGAUUUUCAGCAGAUCAGGGGAAGGAAGAACUGAAUACACUGAGAGUGAAUGAAGUGCACUGACUCGAUUUCUGACCACGACUGUAUGUACUCUCCCAUAGCAUUACAUUGUAUACUGAAAUGGGUUUGCCUGGUUGAACAUGUAGCACUGUACCACAACCAUUACACUCUCCGCCAUGACUGAGUCUGUCCAUGCUAGUCCUCAAAGUAUUGUGUGGCACUUUUUAAACUGAUUUGCACUAUUGUUAUGGAAAGUCCCAACCUCUCAGGCAUAGUGUGUAGCUUGGGGACACUUGGUUCAUUGUACAUGGCAUGCCACUGAAGAACUGAAGUAAACAUGGAAAUCUUAAA